GCUGGCACUGCCUGAAGAACUGGCUCCUGCAUGGAGGCUGGCCUUCGAGGCUGAAGACUGGACUCUACGACUGCCGCAACUUCCCAAAGAGUCUGGAGCUGGCUCCUCCACAGAUGUGGGAAGAGUUCGACUUCACCUGCGCCAUGGCCAGGCUUGAGUCUCAGCUUCAGCAGAAGCGCCACCUGACCUUCUCAGUGCCGCCCUGUGCGGAGGUGGGUGGUGUCCUGCUGUCCAUGCGGGCUCAGCUUUGCCCCGGCGUGGACCUGGACACCAGACGCGACGAAACCUCCUGGAAUCAUUACCUGCUGCAUCUGCCGUGGCAGCAAGUCGACUAUUCGGGGAAGCUGGCCGUGUCGGUGGCUGUCGAUGCGCGGAGCGAAGACGUCCGGUACGAGUUUCGGAUUGGCGAGAAGUCCUAUCGAACCGGAUCUGUGUCGUGCGAGUGA